AUGGCCCCAGGGCAAAGAGAGGUGUGCCGGGCACGGGGGACAGCAGGUCGCUGUGCAGCAGCCCAGGCUGCCCUCUGCAAAGCCACAGCUGGGCACCGGCUGCUGGUGCUACAGCUGGGGGGGAGCAGCGACAGCCUCGGGCUGCGUGAGGAGCGGGGCAGGAGGAGCACGGAGGCCCGAGAGCUCAGCACCGGGCUCCGGCGCAUGCUAUUGGACGGGCUGCAGCAGGCAGCGGCAGCCUCUGAGGAGCGGCGAGAGCUGGAACAGCUCUGGGUGCUCUUCCUCUCUGCACUGGAGCUCUUCCUGCAGGACCUGCACAGAGCCCACCACCUCUGCCAGCUCUUCUCCAGCCAGAGGGGUGACACAGCCCCCCUGCACACUGGGCUGAGGGGACAGCAAGGUGGGGGCCCCACACCACCCCCUCAUGCCCUGAGCCUGGAGGAGGAGAUGGAACAGGUGAGGGCCAUGCUGGUGGAGAUGGAGAGCAGAGUCAACAUCCCACUGUGGACAGUGGAGGCCACACAACUAGAGGGGACAGCUAGCAGCAUGGCUAGGGUGGCUCAGGAGGAGCCUCACACUGGGCCCUGCUGCAGAGUCCUCUGA